CUAUGCACUCACCAAAUAGCAUCAUGGCCUCUUGCACCAGAAGCACACACCCUGUGCCACGGCACUACUCUUUCGGGCUUUGGCUUACGAGCAUUAUUUUGUUCACGGCGGCAACAACGCCGACGACGAAGGGGUGCGUAGAGGGCGAGAGGGACGCCCUCCUCGACUUCAAAACCGGCAUCGUCAAGGAUCCUUCCAGCCGUUUGUCAUCAUGGCGAGGCCGAGUAGACUGCUGCAGAUGGAGCGGGGUGGUCUGUGACAACAGAACCGGCCAUGUCGUGGAGCUCAACCUCCAUAAUUCAGACCCUUAUAACCGUGAGACGUCUAUCGGAGGUGAGAUCAGACCAUCCUUGCUCCUGCUAACUCAUUUGGAGCGCCUCAACCUCAGCCACAAUGACUUAUCGACCGAUGGCCUGCACUGGCUCUCGCGUCUCACUUCCUUGAGAUACCUCGACAUGAGCUUUGUGAACCUUUCCAUGGCCUCCCACGAUUGGCUUCAAGCGGUGAACAUGUUGUCCUCACUGGAGGAGCUACAUUUACCAGGCUGUCGCCUCACCGACCUCCCCUCUUCUCUUUCCCAUGUCAACCUCACAGCACUGGCCACUCUCGAUCUCCAUGGCAACCACUUCAACUCCACCUUCCCCGACUGGCUAUGGAAACUCCACAACCUUUCUUAUCUUGAUCUCAGUUCUUCUAUGUUUCAUGGUGCCAUACCCGCUGGGAUUGGAAAUUUGACUGGUCUAAGAGAACUUUAUCUUGGUGAUAAUUCACUUUCAGGUCCCAUACCCACUGAGAUUGGAAUUUGGAAUAGUUUAAAACUUAUCGAUCUGAGUGGUAAUUCACUCUUUGGACCCAUACCUGAUGGGAUUAAGAAUUUGACUCGUCUAAGAAAACUUUUUCUUAGUUAUAAUUCUCUUUCAGGUCCCGUACCCACUGAGAUUGGAAUUUGGAAUAGUCUAGAAUAUAUCGAUCUGAGUGAUAAUUCACUCUUGGGACCCAUACCUGCUGGGAUUGGAAAUUUGACUGGUCUAAGAGAACUUAAUCUUAAUAAUAAUUCUCUUUCAGAUCCCGUACCCACUGAGAUUGGAAUUUGGAAUAGUCUAGAAUAUAUCGAUCUGAGUGAUAAUUCACUCUUGGGACCCAUACCUGCUGGGAUUGGAAAUUUGACUGGUCUAAGAGAACUUAAUCUUAAUAAUAAUUCUCUUUCAGGUCCCGUACCCACUGAGAUUGGAAAUUUGAAUAGUAUAGAACAUAUAGAUCUUAGUGGUAAUUUACUCUCUGGAACGAUACCUACUGAGAUCGGCAAGCUUUCCAACCUCAUUUUUCUUUCUCUCUCUAGUAAUUCCCUAGAGGGCACCGUGUCUGAACUCCAUUUCGAUAACUUAACCGAACUAAGUGAGCUUGAUCUAUCCGAAAACUCCCUAGUCAUCUCAGUAGACUAUGAUUGGGUUCCUCCUUUUCAACUCCGAUCCAUUCAACUGAAUUCUUGUAAGUUGGGUCCUGCAUUUCCAAGAUGGCUCCGUUCACAAAACUCUAUCGAAGAUUUAGGUAUGUCGAACACAAGCAUUGAAGACGUUUUGCCUGAUUGGUUUUGGAACAAUUCUGCUUUCUCUAUAAAUCUCUCCCAAAAUCAGAUUAAUGGUACUUUGUCAACUUCCUUGGAGCAUAUGACAAACCUGUCCACUCUGAAACUAGGUAUGAAUUUGCUUGAAGGCCCUAUUCCUCGUUUGCCACCUUACUUGAGUUAUUUGUAUCUGUAUAACAAUUCCUUUUCGGGAUCGUUGUCAUCAAUCUCUCUCCCACUAGAAUUGGAACUGUUGGAUCUCUCACGUAACCAUAUCAGUGGGAACAUACCAUCAUUUAUCUGCAACUUGACACAACUUCUUAUCCUCGAUCUAUCGAGCAACCAAAUAUCAGGUGAAAUCCCUUGGUGUUGGCAAGAGACAAACUUCCUUUUCUACAUUAAUCUAGCAGAUAACAAGCUCUCGGGAGAAAUUCCUAGCUCUUUUGAAAAGUUGACUCAGCUUCGGUCUUUGCACUUAAACAAUAAUAGUCUACACGGGCAUCUUCCUUUGUCAUUGAAACAUUGCAGUGGACUAGUUUUUCUUGAUCUUGGCGAUAACAAAUUCUCAGGUACCAUACCUACUUGGAUUGCACAAAACUUUCAAAAACUAGAGGUACUCCGACUAUGCUCAAAUAUGUUUUUUGGUAACAUUCCUAUAGAGCUUGGACAACUUCAUCAUCUACAUAUUAUCGACCUUGCUAAUAAUAAUUUAUCAGGUCCAAUUCCACGCUCCUUUGGCAAUUUAAAUGCAACAAAAACUUGUAGGCAACGAAAAUUGACUAGUCUAGACCAACAUAUAGUUUAUAGAGAUUUGGAUGCCGAUCGCCCUGCUUUUGAUGGCACUUAUGAUGAUAGCAUCACUCUAACUAUAAAGGGACAAAGUAUCAUCUUUUCGAUCAUUGUUUACCUUGUCAAUAUUAUAGACUUUUCAAAUAAUAAUUUGAUCGGAGAAAUCCCAUUAGAAAUUGGGUCUCUUUCGGCACUUCAAACUUUAAAUCUAUCAAGAAAUAAUUUUGUCGGCCAAAUACCAACGACAAUUGGUGGCAUGAAGUCAUUGGAAACUCUGGAUCUGUCAUUUAAUAAGUUAUCCGGAGGUAUUCCUCGAAACUUGUCAGACCUGUAUUCUCUGAAUCACUUGAAUUUGUCUUACAACAAUCUAUCAGGAGUUAUUCCUUCGGGAAAUCAACUACAAACACUCAAUGUCUCAUCCAUUUAUAUUGGCAAUGCAUAUCUAUGUGGAGCUCCCCUCAACAAGAGUUGCUACGAUCUUAAAAGUACCAAUGUGAUAAAAGAAGACAACAAAGACGGAUCCUUUAUGCUAUCAUAUUAUCUGAGUAUCAUACUCGGAUAUUUGGUUGGAUUAUGGAGCGUGUUUAUCAUCAUGUUGUUCAAGAAAAAUUGGAGGGUUUUCUAUUUUCAGAUGUUUGAUAAAAUGUAUGAUAAAGCUUAUGUUGUCAUCAAAAUAAGAAUUAAUAGAUUAACAAGUGAUUGAGAGUGAGGACGCCAUAAAAAGUCAAUGUAAUAGGAGUAUCUUGUGUGUUGUAUCCAUAAUAAGUUUGAAUCUUGCAAGAUGACAUCGUGUUAGAGAUCA